AUGUACAACACAGCGAAGUAUCAUUGUGACCCAUGCACGCGCGUGAUGGAUUCCAAUGAACGAUCUGAUUGGGACAUUCUCUUUCGAAAUCCAAGCUGGACUGAGUCGGUAUCCCCUGUGAAAAAGACUUGCUGGUGCGCCAUAACGACUGUGCUUCAACGUCUCGUUAAUCAGCUCCCUGUGGGGCAGACACUUCCGAUGUUUCAAUCUGCCAUGUACCAGUCUCCUUUCGCUCCAAAUUUCUGCCGCAGCGACCUCGUACUGGAACGAUUUAUUGUGAAGGAACUGAAGCUGGUAAGAGAAGAUUGGUACCCAGAUUUGAGCACGUUCAGCAAUGCUCCCUUGACAUUCAUAAGCUCUCAAGACGUGGUGUGGUUGACCGGCGGUGGUAGUCGCUCGAACCCCCGAGCCGUGGUGCACCCUAUCGCAUGCGAUGCUGUUGUGACGGACUUGCAUCAUGACCAAGAUGCAACCGAUGCGGAAGAGGCUUUUGCUGCAGGCGAAAAGUUGGACCUCGAGACUAACUGUACCAUCAAAUUUGUUGGUCGCGAGAAGCCACUUUGGGGAAAGCUGGGAAUACGAUGCCCUAGUACUGUCAGCGUAUGGACGGGCAUCAAACAGCGACUUCAGCAACUGUACUCGGCUGACCCACACGGCGAACGCCACAGGAAGGUCAGGGUCGAUGCUAACGAACGUUGCGCAGAACUUGGCUUAUACGCGGUUGAUGACGAGUCUACGAAUAAAGUGGUCAGAUGGAUAGAGGAGAACAUCCAGCCACCUUUGUGGGAAUAUCUGUAG